GGUUGUGAGAGCGGCGUGAAGCGGGUUGCCUGGGAGACGGCGGUGACUCCUGCGCUGGUUGAGUCGUAUGUGCGGUCCGGCGGCCUCUCCAUGCGGGACAGUGCGGGGGUUAGAGCAUGACCCGGAGACCUGUGAGCCGGAAGCGGAGGGCGACUCAUGGGACAGGCCCCGGGGAGCAGUCUGACUGGGAUCACUCGGCCCAUAAGCGCAAGAGGCUCCAACCUGAGAAGAAGUCGCUUGUGUUCUACCUGAAGUCCAGAGAGCUGAAGCCUCACAAUGACUCCACUUACCUUCAUCUGUUACGCGGCCACGCAGCUUGCACUCUACCCGGCAUUCUCUCCGAGAGGGAGUUCCACCUGGGCAACCUCAACAAAGUCUUUGCCUCUCAGUGGUUAAACCACCGGCAAGUUGUGUGCGGCACCAAAUGCAACACCUUGUUCGUGGUGGACAUACAAACAGGACAAAUAACAAAGAUCCCCAUAUUGAAAGACCGGGAGCCAAUCAGCGGGAGCCAUCAGAGCUGUGGAAUCCACGCCAUUGAGAUUAACCCUUCGAGGACGUUGCUGGCCACAGGAGGGGAGAACCCCAACAGUAUUGCCGUGUAUAGACUCCCGACACUGGACCCUGUGUGUGUGGGGGAUGGGGGCCACAAUGACUGGAUCUUCUCUAUUGCCUGGAUCAGUGACACCAUGGCAGUGUCGGGUUCUCGGGACGGCUUCAUGGCUCUGUGGGAAAUGACAGAUGAAGUUGUGAAUAAGAGGGAUUUUCAGCAUGGCCUCUCCCGCGUCCCUGUGUACUCGCACAUCUCUCACAAAGCGCUGAAGGACAUCCCCAAAGAGAGCAGCAACCCGGUGAACUGCAAGGUGCGAGCUCUGGCGUUCAACGGCAACAACAAGGAACUGGGGGCUGUUUCUCUGGACGGCUUCUUCCAUCUCUGGAAAGCAGAACAGACUCUGUCUAAGUUGCUCUCCACGAAGCUGCCAUUCUGCAGAGAGAAUGUGUGUCUGGCCUAUGGGCUGGAGUGGUCUCUUUAUGCCGUGGGGUCUCAAGCUCACGUCUCUUUCUUGGAUCCGAGAGAACCCCCCCAGUGUGCCAAGUCUGUGUAUUGCAGGGAGCAGGGCAGCGGAAUUCGGUCGGUCAGUUUCUAUGAACACAUCGUCACAGUGGGGACCGGACAAGGGGCCCUUCUCUUUUAUGACAUUAGAGCGCAGAGAUUUCUGGAAGAUUUGACGGGAAGCUGCAGAGAAGGGGACCUGCUUAAACUCAACACAGGGAAAGGCUGGCUGAAUCACAAUGAGAUGUGGAUGAAUUACUUCUCAGACAUAGACUCCUGCCCCAAUGCAGUUUACACCCACUGUUACGACUCCUCCGGAACCAAACUCUUUGUGGCGGGUGGGCCGCUACCCACAGGUCUCCAUGGCAACUACGCCGGCCUAUGGAGUUAAAGGAACCCGGUCCAUCCCACUUCCUUUUCUCUCACCAGAAUCAGAAGAGAAACUUCUCAUUUAUUCCCCAUUUAUGUCACGAUGGUGUUUGUUGGCCAAAUCGUAAAGUCUGAGCUUUUACUCCGUUGGCUUCUUGAAAGUAGUUUCAUUUUUACUCUUCUUACCAACACUCUCCUGUUUUUUAUGAUUUUGAGAGCAAAACUUGCCAUUUGUUUCGUUUCAUUGCCAAAUCCCCCUGCCUGGGAAACAAUAUACAGACAUGUUCUCUUUGGAUUUACAGCCAUUCCACAUACACUCACAGCUGUAGCCUCUUCAUAUCAAACUAAAAACCUUCUGAUUUCUCUUUUUUAACUUGCCCUUUGAUCCUUGUUCUUGUCGGGGAAGCGGGAGCCGGGUUGGAACCAAUCCAACACCACGGAGGCUUCUCAUUGGUGUCACUACACAGACGGCAGAGUCAAAUCUUUUUUUCUCCACCAAUCGGACAGCGCCAGAUUUUCCGUGAAAGUCUGGGGGGAAUAUUGCGUGUAUGUGCGUGUGAGUGACGAGUACGUGUUUGUGUGAAGUAACUCGUUUCAAUUACUUGCAGUGGAAAACUGUCAUUAACGUUAUUUGCAAAAAAAAGAAAAACAAGCUCUUGACUCUUUGGGUUCGGCGCCUGGGACUGGUUUUAGCAUUUUUUUUUAAAUGUAAAGGAUUCUAAUGGGACUGUAUAUUAAAUCUGCAAUAAACCAGAAAAACUCGG